ACUAAUACUUUCAAUGAUACAUUUUGCAUAACUAGCCCUUGAAAGAGGCUGCUGACAACAAUGGUCGCCCACAAGAUAGCAUUUACAUUAUUUUUUUAUCCGAUUACCUUGAGUCUGCCUACGAAGAACGCAAGAGUUGCGAAUACAAGGAAAAUCCUUUGCAAUUUUCCAAAACAGCCUAUUGCCUGCUUUGGAUAAAUGUCUUCUUAGCUCACCAGCCACAGCAAUACAUUCUUUCUUUGUUUUGGUUUGUGGGUUUUAAAAGAUUACACAUAAUUGCAGAUAUGUCUGAAGAAGUAGAAGAAGAGAUGAUGGCAUUGGAAUCCAUAUUUUAUGACAGCUUCUCCAAGAUUGACGAUCACCGAUUCAGACUCAGAAUUGAUCCAGAUCAGAAUGAUGCAGGGGCACCUCCUCCAUUGUUCCUGGAGAUUUCAUUGCCGGAAGGGUACCCUCAGGCCAUCCCUCAAUUUGACCUCAACAAUCUCAACAAUAUCAAGUAUUCUGAGCCUGCUAAGAAAGCGAUCCUUGAAGGUCUUCACGAUCAGGCAUUGAGUCAAGCAGGAGAAAACAUGUGUUACAACCUUGCUGAGUGGUUAAAGGAUAAACUACCAGAGUUUUUUGCUUUGAAGCACAUCAUUACAGUCAUGGACCAUGAGAAGGACAUGGAUGCAGAAGAUCAACUGAAUGAGAAAAAUUUAGCAUCAACGAAGAAGGAAGCAAAAGAGAAAAUGACAAAAUCUCAGAAAAGGCGAUAUUUUGAUCGAUAUGGUGCUAAUGAGAAACCACGAGGCUGGGACUGGGUUUCUAUUAUAUCACACUUGAGUCAACGUGGACCAUCUUCAGAUUGAGUAAUGUAAUAGCAUCGUCUUUGACAUGGAUAAAGUCUAAAUAGGAUGAGGCAAGAAUUGCAGUGAUACUUUUUAUUUAUUUUUCAGGCACUAUGAGUAUCAACUUUAUUCUGUUGUCCAUAGAAAGAUCAGGCUGUAAUGACUACCUUGGUGGUCAACUCACAUUACUAGCAAGUUGUCAGACAUAAUAUAUAGCAAAUCAAAGGAUGCAUGCAGGAGCAGGUUGCCUUAAGGUUCAUAACUGCACAGAUCCUUUUUGAAGAUUAGCAUUUCUAUAGCCUAUAAAGAUUUUUGUGUGAUUCAUUGAAGAAAAGGGAAUUUCAUGCAUGAAGGAAUUCCAUUUUGAUUGCCUUAAUGUUUCAGUACAAAUGGAACAAAAUCGAACAGCUUACAUGAUAUAAGAAGUUGGGGGAAUUUGAGUAGUGGCAGCUUUGAAAUAAAAAGUUGGGGGAAUUUGAGCAGUGGCAGCUUUGAAAUAAAAAGUUGGGGGAAUUUUGUUGUUUUCUUUACUUGUAACAAUAUUACAACUAUCGACAAGGAUUUCUAUCACAUUGAAAAUAUACUUGUUUCAAAACUCUAGUUUUUAGAUGCCCAACUGAAGCUGUGGGAUGUUUUCUAUGUUAACUAAGAAGUCCUUCUUGCAAGCAUGAAUAAGUUCAAUGGGUUCCCACUUUUUAACCGUUUGCUGCUUUACAAAAACAUCCUUUAGCAGCAGUGUAAAAGGUGAAAGGUUUAAUGAUAACUAGAAUCUCAUGUGCACAAGAAUGUUAUUUAUUAUUGUUGA